AUGAAUAAUUAAUCAUUAGCAAAAAGUGCAGUGGAACGAUUAAACCAAAGCAACUUUUAAGCAUAAUAGCCUUAUGAAUUUGAGAGCAAAUAUCAGUAGGAUCAAAAGGAAUUACCAAAUCCUACAAAAUUUGAUUUGGAUGUUAUGCUGAAAUUUCUGGAUGAAGUAGACUCAAGUGUCAAACAAACUCAUGAAUAUAAAUCCAUAAUUCAGAAGUACAAAUUGUCAACAUCCAAAUUUUGUUUAACUAUGGAAAAUGAUUAUCUGAAUAAUUUGCCAAAUGAAAAGAAAAUAUAAAUUUAUAGAGAUAUUUCACGAAUUUAUGAUCACUAAGAAGAGGCAAUAGAGUUAAAGGAUAAAGUUCGAAAGAUUAUUACAUAUAAAUUAGAAGAUAUGAGGAGAAAUACAAGAGAAUCUAAAUGGGGGUUGACAUUGAACUUACUUCAACUAUUGCUAAAUAAAAAUAAGGGAAAUAAAGACAUUUUUGAUUUAUUUUAAAAGAAACUGUUGCCACCUGAUGUAAGAUAGCUAGUGUGGAAAUUUUGUUUAGAAAAUAAAUAAAUAAGCGAUGAUUAUAGUCGUCUAUUGGGAAAGGCAAGAAUGUUAACAAUGUCAAGAUUUGAUGUUUAAAUCAUAAAGGACACAGAGCAAAUAGUUAAACAAAUGACUAAGCCUGAUCAAUUCGAUGGCAAUAUGAUUUUUGCAAUGAAAACCAUUCUGAGUUACUACGAAUUAAAAUAAGAUAGAAUUCUUACUGAUUAUUUAUACUUGAUCUGUAUUCCACUUGUCUAUGUUUUUGGAUCAAGUAAACAUCUACUUAAAAUACCAACCGAAUUGAUUGGAUACUUUUACUCAUUAUAAUUGAUAGUUCAAUUCUUUGAUCCAUUGGUCGAUUUGAUUGUGAGACAUGAUGAAAAGUAUGAAUCAGAAAUGACUGAUUUAUUUAUGAAUAGUGUUAAUGUUUUAGAUGAAGAAUUAGCCUUAAAAUUUCAGGGUGUUCUUAACUUAAAGAGUCCAACUUAAAGAUAAAUGUUAGUCAUAAUAAUAAAGAGAUUUGUACACUCUCUAGGGUUUGCAUUUUUACCUUUAGAUGUAACAUUGUUUAAUAUUGAUUAAAUGAUUAUGAAGGUAGUCAAGAAUAAAUUGGAAAUAUUUAUUAAUAUGGGAAUUAUGUGCUUUUGUAUAAGAAAAGAUAUCCUGGCUUGCAAGACUUGGGAUUAAAUAGUUGAUGUAUUUUAUACAAAGGCAAAGUUGAUUACUCUUCAAUAAUAUCAUGAAUACUAUUAGGAUGUGUACAAGAAUGUUAAAUUUUAUGUUUCGCCCUAUGAUGUAGACCCAUUUAAGGUAAAUAGAAAUGCUGAAUUUGCAACAGAUCCUUUGGCUGAAAUUAUUGAAAAAUAAUAGGAUAAAGACAUUAACGCAUUCAAAAAGAAGUGGUUUGAAGGUAAGGAAUUGUAUGAAGAUGAUGAUCCUAAUAUGGCUAGAUACUAACAAUAGCAAUAAUUACCUAAUAAAGAUAAGGCAAUUAAAGAUAUGAAGAUGUAAGAUGCAAUGAAAAAUGUGUAAAUGCAGCAAAAGCCAACUUAGAAACUGGGGAUGGUACCUGUUUAAGAUUCAGAUGAAGAAGAAGAUCUAUUUGAUGGAAUGGAUGAUUAAUGAUUCAUUUAUUUCUUAAAUUAUACAGAAACAGACCUAUUAAA